AUGUGUUUCUGCCCGGUUCACACGUGGUUUUGUGAAGAUGGAAAUGUUGAGGACCCAUUAGAAGAACAAAAAACCCUGAAGUUUCGAGGAGAUCUGGCCUACAGGAGGAAACAGUUUCAGGCAGCUCUGGAUGAGUAUAGAUUCUGCCUCUCUCUCAUACCUGCUGGAAACAUAUCGGUGAAGAGAGAUGUGCUGGAAGGGAUCGCACGAUGCUGCUGUCACCUGGGCAAAAAAGAAGAGGCUCUAAAUGCCUGUGAGAAACUGAGGACAGAAGUAUCCAACUGUCUGAUGGCUCUUGCUAGAAAGUCCUACAGGUUUGAAACCUGUAUGAGGCAAAGAAAGCUCGUUUAUUUUCUAAAUGUAUACAUAACAGAAUUACACAUCUCUUACACAACUCUCCCAAACAUUUAUAAUGAACAAUGCCAGGUGAUGGCAGAAGACCUCACUCCAGAGAAGAUGAGAGAGGAAAACCAAGAUGGAGAGAGUUUAUCAGGACUUUAUAUUAAAGAAUUUGAUGACAGGUGGUGGAACAAACUCUGCACUAAAAUGCAGGAGGAUACUCCAUCUUUAUCCAUGCACAGAUCUCUGGAGGAGACAAACAUUUACUUUUACAAAUGAAUGUGGAUCUCUUUUAGGU